AUGCAAACGUUCGAAGGCGAAAUAAACUAUUUGGCCAAAUUAGAAGAAUUCCUGAGGGUCAAAGGCACGCGGAGAAUUUGCGAAGCAGACGAGAAGGAGGAAAUAAAGAGACAAGAGGAAAUUCAUCGGUGUGAGCAAGAGAUCUCGAGGCAUGACGCCCUACUGGAAGAGAUAUUCCCUCCAGCACCAACGCCUAAAUCCCGGAAAGGACCAGCUCCGCAAGCUGUUAAAUUGGUGGCAGAUCCAUACGUGGAGCAGUUACGGCCAAAUAAAAUUGAGAAACUCAUACCCUACACACCAUGUGCAUACUGUGUCGAGGACUAUAUAAUGAAUCUGGUAUUUGAAACCCCGGCUGUACCAGCUGAUGAAGAAUACAUUCAAAGCAUCUUUCAUCUUGAAGAUAUUAACACCAAGUUUGGAAUUUACACAUUGACAAUACCAUCGUAA